AUGGCAGCUGCGUCUCCGGCAUAUGCGUCCGGAGUACUCCGAACGCAGAUAGUCGUUUCUGUACUAGUGAUUGAACAGUUCUGGAAAUAUGUUGAAAAUUAUCCCACUUGUUGGGGAUAUUGUCACAAUCCAGAGCAAAAACUACAAGUUAUCCCACUCGUCGGGGAAGGAGGCAUAGGAAAAACUACAUUAGCCAAAAGAGUCUAUGGACAUCCAAUUACUAAUGCUUUCUUUCAAAUUCGAGCAUGGGUAGUUGUGUCUCAGGUUCAUAACCUCAAAGAGAUGCUCAUUGGUCUAUUACGUUGUAUUUUAUCAAUAACAAGUGAAAUUUACGACAUAGACGAUGCUCAAAUAGCUGAGCAAUUAUGCAGAAGUUUGAUGGGCCAGAAGUAUUUAAUUUUUUUGGAUGAUAUAUGGACCACUGCUGCAUGGGAUGCUAUCCAAGGAUGUAUUCCAGAGAAUUUUAACGGAAGCGAUAUCUUACUAACUACUAGGUUCACAGAGGUGGCUGAAUACUUAAGUACAGAUCCCUACCGUGUGGCGUAUCAAACUUUAGAGGAUCUUUGGGAAAUAGUUUCGAGGAAAGUGUUUGGGCAAAGCCAAUGCGUUCCCAGGGAAUAUGAGUUAAUUGGGAAGCGCAUUGUUCUUGUUUGCAGUGGAUUACCUCUAGCAGUUGUUCUGAUUGCUGGAAUUUUGGCAACAGCAAAAGAGUCUUUAGAAAUAUGGGAAGAUGUUGCAGAAACUUUGAAUAGAGUUGAUACAUACUAUGCCAUUCCUGUUAAGAGUUUAAUCAACUUAUGGGUUGCUGAGGGAUUUUUAAUGCCACAUCAAAAUAUGAGUUUAGAGGAAGUGGCAGAGAGUUACUUGCAUGAUCUCAUUAAUAGAAGUCUAGUUCAAAUUAAUGAGCUAAGUAUUGACGGCAAAGUUAAAUCAUGUAAGGUUCAUGAUCGAGUGCACGAGGUUUGUGUGAGAGAAGCUAUAACGGGGAAUACAUUGUGCAUCAUCAAUGACAAUGAUGCUCCAAAAGCUAGUCGUUGGUUAAGUUGUCAAACAAGUCAUUGGCCAAUCACACAAGCAAGUUAUGGGAAUUGCACACUAGAUAAUAUCCAUUACGUGCUUUACUUUGGUAAAGAUGUCUACCAUUCCAAAUACAACUUGGUAUACCCAUGUUUGAAAUUGCUAAGAGUAUUGGAUUUAUCAUUUGUUAAAUGGUCGCGAGGCAUGCCUAGUGAAAUAACUGAUUUGGUUCAUUUGAGAUACUUGGCUUUAAGGACCAUUGGCUCUCUUUACAAGUUUCGAUUUUUCAAGAUUAAGAAUUUGCUAACUCUCAUAGUUACUUCGUGGAUGGAAAAAUGUCAUUUGCAAUUGCCAUGUGAUACUUUGGGUUUGCCACAAUUGAGGCAUUUGCAUGUUGACAAGAGAUGUUAA